UAGUUUUUGAUAGUCGUCCGCAUUUUCGAGCGCAAUCGCGCUGAUUAACCGCUUUAUAUUAACAUACGUAAAAUUAUUUUACCGGCUUGUUUAUCUCAGAAGUAAUACACAAUUAUUUUUAUAGUGUAAAAAGUGGAUCGCAGUAAUCAUGUUUUGUAAAGGUGUGGUGCUUGCGGUGCUUUUUGUGGGAAUCUUAACUGAUUUAGAAUCCAAUUUUUAUUUAGAAGAAUCCUGUGCCAGAAAAAAUGGCGUAUGUCUAUUGAAAUCCGAAUGUCCACAAACGUACAUGAGUGAAGAACUGGAUAUCGCUUGUCCUCAACAGAAGAGUAUGGGAGCCGUUUGCUGCCAGAAUUACAUGGGUGACCUGAAUUGUCAUCAAACUCAUAACGAGUGCAUGAAGGAGGCUUUAUGUCCAAAUAAUCUACGAAAAGGACGAAAAGGAUGUGGACAUAAUGAAACAUGUUGUGAACUUGUUUAGAUAGAUUAAUAAUAUUACAUUUUAUUUUUUUUUUUUAAAUGUGGAAGUUAAUUUUAU